ACAUUAGCUUUUCAUUUUAGCGCUUUGGAUUCUUUACGAUGUUAUCAACAACGUGGGCCAUCAACCUUCAGUUUGAAAGAAAAUGUUAUUGUGAUAAUUGAAUUAGUACUUGAAAACCUAUAUGUAUUCUGCGGUUAAGGUUGCUCUGCUUUUAUUGUUCGACCAAUCGUUUUAGCAAAGGUUUACAUCUUAGCAUGCAUGAUUCCUGUAUUCUGCUGUCACAUAUUCACAGUCUUCAACUAUUGCGAUCAAAUAUAGAAGCUGUUUCAAAUACAUUGACCGACACUAUUGCUGUCACAUAUUCACAGUCUUCAACUCUAUGCAAUGGUCUAGUUGCUCGUUUUUAGCUUUUUACAUAACUUCUAUAUUUGAAUUGGAGGUUGAGGUUGGGAUAGUAUUAAAUAGAGGGAAUUUCAAGAAAUACAUAACUCCAUUUUAGCUUUACAUAACUUCUAUGCAAUGGUUUUCUGCUUUAGGGCUUGAUGGAGCUUCAGUUCAUGAUUUUCUGUCUUCUUUAUCCCUUUUUUAGAAUGUAAUUAGGUGUUUUCUUUUGUGUACUUCUUGUGUACAUGGGCUUCACCUAUUACAUUUGUUGAAUAAAAUUUCUUUUUACUUAUAAAAAAAAAAAACCGGAAAAAAAGUUGCUACUACUUCGUUGUGAAAUAUGAUAUUGAAGUUGACCACAAAGUUGAGCUUUUUAUUUACCACUAAUUCUAAUAAUGGCUUUAAAAAAUUUUCCCUUAUACUCUUAAAAACAGAGGACAUUUUUCAUUUUAUCAAGCCAUUUUCUGUGGAAUUAACUUCACUUAAUUGGAAGAAGACUGAACAGCAAAAGUAAGAAUAGAGUGAGAGGUCACAUAAAGGGGAAACGCAAGUCUUUUCUUCUUUUCACUUUAGAAAAAUGCCACCAUGCAUUUUUAGGCAUAUCGCAUUGGGUAAGCAUAAAUAUUCUCGGCUUUUGUUUUUGGAAUUCAUUGCUUCAAAUUUUUACAGGGUUAUGUUUUAGAUGUUAAGAGUUAUUUUCCAAAAGAUUUUUUAUGACCAUGUUUUCAACAUUCUCAUUUGUGUAGUUUCAUUCAAAUUAUUUCUGGGAUCCUUGUUACAUGAGCAUGUAUUUGGCAGCAUCAGUUAUCAUUGAAUCCUUGCCUUUUGCUGGUCCAUCUCUCUCUCUCCCCCUCCCUCCAGAUAACAGUUGUUGCCUCAGCCAUACAAUUGCUAUGGGCAUGAUAAUGUGUAUCCUGCAUUUGAUGUACUGCUUUCUGAGUGGUAGUGACAAGAAGACACAAAGUUUUUUCAAUAUAAGUGGUGCUACAAAUCUUGAUUGAUGGACCUAAAGUCAAAUCAUGCUGCUCCUGUUCUUACCGAUCCUGCUGCUCCCAUAAACAAGUCAAGACUAGGCAUGCAUUCCAGUCUGUUUCCUUGUUCACCUCCACUAGCAGUUUUACCUCCAGGCAUUUUUUUGACAAUCCCUAGAAAGAAGACUGGAAUACUUGAUGAAUUUCGAUCUAGCAUCUGGCUGGAUGCCAUGAAAUCUUCAUCUCCUCCUCCUAAGAAGAUAACCAAGGAUGUUAGCAACGAGUAUUCACCAACUGAUGCUGAUGUUGCAUACAAUGCCUGGAUGGCUAAGUAUCCAUCAGCAAUUGCGUCAUUUGAGCAAAUAGCAAAUCAUGCAAAAGGAAAGAGAAUAGCAUUGUUUCUGGAUUAUGAUGGGACACUUUCUCCAAUAGUAGAUAAUCCUGAAUGCGCAUUCAUGUCUGAUGCUAUGCGUGCCAAUGUAAAAAAGGUGGCAAAAUACUUCCCAACAGCAAUAAUUAGUGGAAGAAGCCGUGAAAAGGUUUAUGAGUUUGUAAGGCUAACAGAACUCUAUUAUGCGGGUAGUCAUGGGAUGGAUAUCAUGGGUCCUGUUAGAGAACACAUAUCUAAUGACCUGCCCAAUUGUAUUAGAUCGAUGGAUGAACAGGGUAAGGAAGUUAAUUUGUUCCAGCCUGCUGGUGAAUUUUUACCUGUGAUUGAAGAGAGAAAGCAGGCUGAUGCCGAGAGUGAAGCGGAGCGGAGUGAGGAGAGCGUAGCUUACCAAGCGGAGCGUAGCGGAACGACUAGGGUUUUUAGAUCCCUUGUUCAAUGCACCAAAGAUAUUGUAGGAGCAAAAGUUGAGAAUAAUAAGUUCUGUGUCUCUGUACAUUACCGUAAUGUAGAUGAGAAGAGUUGGACUGUAGUAGCUCAACGUGUCCAUGAUGUUCUAAAAGACUACGCGCAUCUGCGUUUGACUCAUGGUCGCAAGGUUUUAGAGGUUCGCCCUGUGAUCAAUUGGGAUAAGGGAAAAGCUGUCACGUUUUUACUGGAAUCACUGGGGUUGAGUCACUGUGAUGAUGUGCUCCCCAUAUAUGUUGGAGAUGACCGGACAGAUGAAGAUGCAUUUAAGGUUUUGAGAGAGGGCAAUCGAGGUUAUGGGAUUUUAGUCGGUUCUGCUCCCAAGGAAAGCAAUGCAGCUUACUCGCUGAGGGAUCCAUUGGAGGUCAUGGAAUUUCUCAAGUCACUGAUGACAUUGAAAAAGUGAAGUGCUUUAUAAAAUAUUCUGACAGAUUCAAAGAGUAAAUUACUCUAAUAUACAUAUACAGUAAAACAGCCUACAUCACGUUUUGUGUUUUCUUUUCUAGAGAAUGUAUAUGGAGAGGUUUUGAAGUUGGAUAAGUGUUGGAACACAGCUCAGAGCUUCUUGUCUUAAUAUAUAUAUAUAGGAAAAAUUUAAUUGUAAGCGAUUCUGCGCACUAAUACGCGC